AUGCUCAAUUCGUUCCGACAGAUUCUUCCUCGAACAAUUCGACCAACGAUGAUGUUAGCGAGUGCUCGUUUGAACUCGACCGGAACUGAUAAAACACCAGUUUCAGCGAAUGUACCAAAGGGUGUAUGGAAUCUCGGCAGACUCAAUCAUUUAGCUGUCGCUGUUCCUAAUCUAGACGAGGCCAGCAGCUUUUUUAAGAAUAUUCUUCGAGCAAAAUCAGUGAGUGGAGCUGUCCCAUUGAAAGAACAUGGUGUUUACACAGUUUUUGUUGAGUUUGGUAACACAAAAAUUGAAUUGUUACAUCCACUUGGUGAAAAGAGUCCAAUAAAGAAAUUCUUAGAAAAAAACAAAACCGGUGGUAUUCAUCAUAUUUGCAUUGAAGUUGAUAACAUUGAAAACGCAAUUAAAGAUAUUCAUCGACAGAACAUUCGUACUUUAACUGAAAAGACUCAAAUUGGAGCACAUGGCAAGCCCGUGAUUUUCUUACAUCCAAAAGAUUGUGGUGGAAUCUUAAUUGAACUCGAACAAUCUUAA